AUGUGCAAGGGCUUCAAGACGGCCGUCCGAGACGACCACUGCUCUGAGCGCUACAAAGCAGAUUUCGCCAGACACGAGGAGAAUCUUGGUCGGGUCCGCCAAAAUCUGCUGCAGCUCGCAGAGGAGUAUGCACCUUGCCGUGAGUCGCAAGAGGCUGAGCACUUCGACUGGCUUUUCGCGUGGCAUCAGCGGCUUCUGCGAAGCAUCGCCGCUGCGGAUGAAGGGAGCAGCAGCUUUGGCACCAAGGGAUUGAGAUGCAGUUCUGCAAGCAUCGAUUGGCGGGAAUUCAAGCGUAAAGCCUUCAGAGUGACGCAGGACGUUGCUGAGACAAAGAAAGCCCUUGCGGAGCAUGCCGAAGCUCGUCAGAUCACACGCUGA